UAUAGCAUGAAAUUCCUCUACAUUUUUCUGUGCUUGGGUGGAGCGCUAGCAUGCCAGUUUAAAGGAAAGACUUACAAAAACGACGAAGAAUGGACUGAGAACGAAGCAUUCAAGAUGAAGUGCAAGAUUGAGCCAAAUGGAUCAUGGCGAACAGAAGUGUCAGGAUGUGUGACACCCGACAAAACAGUGGUGCCGGUCAACGAAGAAGUCGAUAUCGGCGAUCAUAUCUGGGAAUGCAAAAUGAGCCCUGGAGGACAGAUUACAUUACAACAAAAGAUGAACAAGCAUGCCGCUUGCAACGGACAUCCAUUCGAUUCGGAAUGGCAGGAGAAAUCGUUCCAGUUCAAAUGCGGAGAGAACGGUGUCUCAGAGUUUGUUGGUUGUGUUACAUCUUCUGGCGCACUCAUCAAGGAUGGCGAAAAGAAAUCGGUCGAUGGAUUUGAAAUGGAGUGCAAGAAGCAUGAAAAUGGAACUGUAACACUUGGUGUGCUUGACCGAGCUGUUGACGCCAAGUGCAAAGACAAUCAAGGCAAAGAGAGGGACCAAGGCGAAAAAUGGGUAGAAAAUCAAUACUUCGAGAAAACUUGUGAGGAACGAGGACGAGUGAAAGUCAACGGAUGCAGGGUAGAUGCUGUGGACGAGUUAAUUCCUAUUAAUGGAAGCGUAUCUGCUGGAAAAUUGGAAUAUCACUGCGAAGCAAAGGAUGGCGCCUACAAAUUCUACAGCAAAGUGAAAUCAGAUGAAUGAAGUAAUUGAUAUUUGCACAGAUCGAAACGCUAGAAAUCUCAAAAUAAAAGCAAUAAAGAACAAUUUUCUUU